AUUUUAUAGGGACCAAAAACAAGACAAUAGGUAAUAUCAAAGGAUGGAAUUUGAUAAGAGUCGAAGAAAUACUUCAUGCUCAUUAUGGUAAUAUCAUGAAAGAUCACAUUGAUGUGUUAGUGGAAAAAUCUCUCAUAAAAAUAAGCGUUUCUGGUAAUGUAACAUUACAUGAUUUGAUAGAGGAUAUGGGGAAAGAAAUUGUUAGACGAGAAUCACCUGAAGAUCCUGGAAAACGCACUAGGUUAUGGGCCUAUGAAGAUAUAAAGAAAGUUUUUAAAGAAAAUACGGGAACAAGUACCAUUAAAAUCAUACAUUUCCAAUUUGACCCAUGGAUUGAAAAAAAGAAGGAUGCCUCAGAUGGAAAAGCUUUCAAGAAGAUGAAAAAUCUCAGAACACUAAUUUUUAGUACUCCUGUUUGUUUUUCUGAAACUUCUGAACAUAUUCCAAAUAGUCUACGAGUGCUAGAAUAUUCCAAUCGCAAUCGCAAUUAUUACCAUAGCCGUGGAUCAAAUCUAUUUGAGUGGGACGGCUUUCUCAAAAAGGCAAGUGAUUCAUAUCUCUUUUUCUAUAUUAAUAUGAUUUUGAUUCCAAUAUAAAAUUGAAACAUAAUUUUAAUAAUUCUUUUUA